AUGGCAAAAAAGAGGAAGGCUGUACGUGUGGUCGAAGCAUCCGGCCAGCGUUCACAAAAUGACCUCCAUGAUGCCGAAGAAACCUUUAACGACUCGGAAGAUGAGUUUUUCGCAGGACGGGACAAGGUCCUACUGGAUGAGGGCCCCGCUGCAAAACGAAGGAGGAAAAUACAAGAACAAGAGCGAGAGUUGGAGCCAUCCGACGAGGAGGUCUAUCAGGAUCUGGCGACCGAAGACGAGUCUGAAGAUUAUGAUGACAACACCGGCCACCCUGAAGACGAUCGGGAAGAGGAAGAAGAUGACGGCCACUGGGGCACAUCCAAGGCCGACUACUACAGCGCGGAUGUGAUCGAGACCGAGGCGGAUGCGUUAGAAGAAGAACAAGAGGCUAGGAGACUGCAGCUGAAACAACUCAAGGCCAUGACCGAGGCAGAUUUUGGAUUCGAUGAGAGUGCAUGGGUCGGCGACAACCAGCAAUCUCAGGAGAAACGGUCGGUGGUAGAGAAACUGCCUGAACUGCAGAUUUCUCAAGAUGCGAGCAUCGACGAACGAAUAAAAAUCCUGAAGUCGAGAUACCCCGAGUUCGAACCGUUAACAAAAGACUUCCUGUCAUUGCAAGACACCUACCAGUCGCUGAGGAAGGAAGCUGAUGUGGAAGGGCACAAUAAUGGCGGUGUCACAGUGACAAAAUUCCGAGCCUUGUCGGCGUACCUCGGGGCCGUGGCCAUGUACCUGGCUCUUCUUACUUCCACCAAGACCGGCGUAGCGCUGGCCCCGGGAGAGCUUCGAGACCACCCCGUUAUGUCAAACCUUUUCCGCUGUCGCCAGCUGUGGCAGGAUGCCGAAUCGCUUCGUCCAAUUGAUCCCAUUGAAAAGCCAGAGACCAAGCCACCAACCAUAUUGCCACAGAGUUUGCCUCAGAAGACCGCACGACAACCCGUCAAAAAGAAGACAAAGACAAAGCCGGCGUCCCCAGAAACACCCUCUCCGGAAAUUCCAAUGGCGGGCACCAAGUCGAAGAAGGCAAAGAAACCAAAGAGAAAUGAGUUGCAAGAACUCCUGACGUCCUCCCUCCGGAAUCCAACGGAAGAAGAGUCCGACUUUGGAGACGAAGCUCCCCUGACUCACGAGGAAGCUGCAGAAAAGGCUCGACGGAAAAAGACUCUGAGGUUCUACACCUCACAGAUUGCGCAGAAAGCCAACAAACGAGGCGCAGCAUCACGACAGGCCGGCGGCGACGACGAUCUGCCCUACAAAGAGCGCAACCGAGAUAGGCAAGAGCGUCUGAUGCGGGAGGCGGAGCAGAGAGGCAGAGCCACCGCCAACGAGAGAGAGGAACUCGAUGACGAUGAUGACGACGAUCCCGAAGCCGGCCGGAGGAUCAACGACGAGGCCAACGAGUACUACGACAUGCUCGUCACAAACGCGAAGCAGAAGAAAGCAGACAAGCGAGCCAAGGCAGAGGCGUACGCCGAAGCCGCCAGACAAGGCGCGCAGGUGUACGAGGAAGAACAGGUGGGUCCCGAUGGGAAGAGGAAGAUCACGUACGCCAUCGAGAAGAACAAGGGUUUGACGCCCAAGAGGAAGAAGGAGGUGCGCAACCCGCGCGUCAAGAAGAGGAAGAAGUUUGACGAGAAGAUGAAAAAGCUCGCGUCCAUCAGGCCCGUGUACAAAGGCGGCGAGGGUCGUGGUGGAUAUGGUGGCGAGGCGACGGGGAUCAAGACGAAUCUGGUCAAGAGCAUCAAAUUGUAA